AGAAAAAUAUAACCUGUCAUUUUUAACGAUAUUUGGAUUUGUCGGAUUUUGUAUUAAAAAGGGAAUGAGAUAUAAAGGAGUGAAGCGGUAUAAAGGUUCAUUAGGAAGUUUAAUUCCUAGAUUUUGUAAUUUUAUUCUACGGAGGAACUCUCUAGCAAUAACUGCGUUUGGAUUUGUGUGCGUUUGUUUAAUAAUUAAUUUAAAUGUACUUCAGGAUAACCAAGGACAAGUUUUAGUUCCGGAUUUGGUCAACACAGAAGAGUAUCCACCAUUUGAACCAGACCUGCACGAGGACUUUCCAACCGGUUCGGAGUUUGAGCCCCGAAUUCCUCAUAUACUUCACCAGACAUACAAAGGGAAUUACAUACCGCAUACCUAUGCUACAAACAUCAAAAGUUUCCUAAAGGAUAAUCCCGACUGGAAAUAUUUCUUAUGGACAGAGCAAUCAGCCUGGAAGUUAAUUAUCGAGCGGUAUCCAUCUUUGCUAGGCACUUUGACCUUACGGAUGAAAUUUAAAGACCUAUGCCAAUUUCUUCGUUAUGUCGUUCUUUAUGAGUUUGGUGGUGUUUAUGCAGAUAUGUCUGUCAAAUGGUUACGGCCUAUUCAAAAGUUGACUUUUAAAUACUCAUGUAUCUUUACACCUUUACCGUUUGAAAGGGCCUCUCUUGGUUUUAAAAAACUUUACUUGCUAAAUAAUGACUUGAUACUUUGUAGAGCAAAACAUCCGUUUUUAAAACAAAUCAUUGAUGAUAUACCAUUAUAUCAGCCAAUGCUUGAAAUCGAAGACUCUAAUGGUCCACAUUUUUUGAUAAGUCAAUUUAUGAAAUAUAAUAAAGAGAAAUAUUACAUGCCACAAUUCAGAUACAAUAAAACAACAAGCAGUUUUCCUAUAUACUUCAAAAGCAUACUUCCUGAAAUUCACCAAGAUUCAGUUUUUGUCCCGAAUUCGAAAUAUUUUCAUUUUGAUCUGGACUCAUUUUUUAAUUUAUGCAAUGAUUUUAUGUAUCUUUCGUUCUUAGAGAGGAGAGGGUGUGUCGUUCUCCAAAAAAGGCGUGGCAUAAAUAAAUUUGCAUUUACGUUUACACAUGUGAAAAGGACAAUUUACGAGACAGUUUUAAACUUCCUAUUUAGGACUGAAAUAUCAAAUUUAGUUGGUGAACAUUUGGAAAUGUUUUGAUCGUCUAAAGAAAUUUAUAUCUUUGCAAAUACUGGAAAUGCAUCAAAUUAAUGCUUUUGUUAACUUUUGAAAUAUUGUUAGCAUGAAUGAAUGUUUAUGUCGACAAGCAAACACAUGUAAAAUACCAGCUUAUAAACUUGAGAACAUAGACUUCUAUUUUUUCUUUUU